AAAUAAAAAUGAGUAAUGAACAGGAAAAAAAUAAUAUAAAUAAUCAUGACACGAAUGAGCCGUACGGAACAGAGCGCUUUGACCAAGAAAAUAACACUAAUGAACAAUUACUCUACUCUGAAACAGGUUUUAAUCCGGAAUCUGUUGAAGUUUCUGCUGAAGUGCAACUUCUUCUGGAGGAAAAUCCAAAUUUACUUCAAUAUAAUCAAAAUAUUGCACAGCAUUUCGUGAAAACUUAUCAAGCGCUACAAAACGA